UGCUCCUCUCCUCGGUCCUGCCGCGGCGAGGCAGAGGGUAGGACCGCCGAGACGCGCGGGGCGCGGAGAUGUGCAAGUGGCGAGGCUUGACCGAGCGCAGGCGGGAGCAGCCGCCCAACUCCCGGCGCGGGAUCUGCUGAGCGGCCACGAUUUUAGGUGAUGGGAAGAUCAGAAAGUCAGAUGGAUAUAACUGAUAUCAACACUCCAAAGCCAAAGAAGAAACAGCGAUGGACUCCUCUGGAGAUCAGUCUCUCAGUCCUUGUCCUGCUCCUCACUGUCAUAGCUGUGACGAUGAUAGCACUCUAUGCAACCUAUGACGAUGGUAUUUGCAAAUCAUCAGACUGCAUAAAAUCAGCUGCUCGACUGAUCCAGAACAUGGAUGCCACUGCUGAGCCCUGCACAGACUUUUUCAAGUAUGCCUGUGGUGGUUGGCUGAAACGCAACGUCAUCCCGGAGACCAGCUCCCGUUACAGUAACUUUGACAUUUUAAGAGAUGAGCUAGAAGUCAUUUUGAAAGAUGUCCUUCAGGAGCCCAAAACCGAAGAUAUCGUGGCAGUGCAAAAAGCAAAAACACUGUACAGGUCUUGUGUAAAUGAAACUGCUAUUGACAGUAGAGGUGGACAACCUCUACUCAAAUUGUUACCAGAUGUGUAUGGGUGGCCAGUAGCAACACAAAACUGGGAGCAAACAUACGGUACUUCUUGGUCAGCUGAGAAAUCUAUUGCACAACUGAAUUCUAAGUAUGGGAAAAAAGUCCUGAUUAAUUUCUUUGUUGGCACUGAUGAUAAGAACUCUAUGAACCAUAUAAUUCAUAUUGACCAACCUCGACUUGGCCUCCCUUCUAGAGACUACUAUGAAUGCACUGGAAUAUAUAAAGAGGCUUGUACAGCAUAUGUGGAUUUUAUGAUUGCUGUGGCCAAAUUGAUUCGUCAGGAAGAAGGAUUGCCUAUUGAUGAAAACCAGAUUUCUGUGGAAAUGAAUAAAGUUAUGGAAUUGGAAAAAGAAAUAGCCAAUGCUACGACUAAAUCUGAAGAUAGAAAUGAUCCAAUGCUUCUCUAUAACAAAAUGACAUUGGCCCAGAUCCAAAAUAACUUUUCACUAGAGAUCAACGGGAAGCCAUUCAGCUGGUCAAAUUUCACAAAUGAAAUCAUGUCAACAGUGAAUAUUAAUAUUCCAAAUGAAGAAGAUGUGGUUGUUUAUGCUCCAGAAUAUUUAAUCAAACUUAAGCCCAUUCUUACCAAAUAUUCUCCCAGAGAUCUUCAAAAUUUAAUGUCCUGGCGGUUCAUAAUGGAUCUUGUAAGCAGCCUCAGCCGAACCUACAAGGACUCCAGAAAUGCUUUCCGCAAGGCCCUUUAUGGCACCACAUCAGAAUCUGCAACUUGGAGACGUUGUGCAAACUAUGUCAAUGGGAAUAUGGAAAAUGCCGUGGGAAGGCUUUAUGUGGAAGCAGCGUUUGCUGGAGAGAGUAAACAUGUGGUUGAGGAUUUGAUUGCGCAGAUCCGGGAAGUUUUCAUUCAGACUUUAGAUGACCUCACCUGGAUGGAUGCCGAAACAAAAAAGAAAGCUGAAGAAAAGGCCUUAGCAAUUAAGGAAAGGAUUGGCUAUCCUGAUGACAUUGUUUCGAAUGAUAACAAACUGAAUAAUGAAUACCUGGAGCUGAACUACAAAGAAGAUGAAUACUUUGAGAACAUAAUUCAAAAUCUGAAAUUCAGCCAAAGCAAACAACUAAAGAAGCUUCGAGAAAAGGUGGACAAGGAUGAGUGGAUAACUGGAGCAGCUAUAGUCAAUGCAUUUUAUUCUUCAGGCAGAAAUCAAAUAGUCUUCCCGGCUGGCAUUCUGCAGCCCCCAUUCUUUAGUGCCCAACAGUCCAACUCAUUGAAUUAUGGGGGCAUCGGCAUGGUCAUAGGACAUGAAAUCACUCACGGCUUCGAUGAUAACGGCAGAAAUUUUAAUAAAGAUGGAGACCUUGUUGACUGGUGGACUCAACAGUCUGCAAAUAAUUUUAAAGAACAGUCCCAGUGCAUGGUGUACCAGUAUGGAAACUUCUCCUGGGAUCUAGCAGGUGGACAACACCUCAACGGAAUUAACACACUGGGAGAAAACAUUGCUGAUAAUGGAGGCAUUGGCCAAGCAUACAGAGCCUAUCAGAAUUAUGUUAAAAAGAAUGGAGAAGAAAAAUUACUUCCUGGAAUUGACCUCAAUCACAAACAACUAUUCUUCUUGAACUUUGCCCAGGUAUGGUGUGGGACCUACAGGCCAGAGUAUGCAGUCAAUUCCAUUAAAACAGAUGUGCACAGUCCAGGCAAUUUCAGGAUUAUUGGAUCUUUGCAGAACUCUGUUGAGUUUUCAGAAGCCUUUCAGUGCCCCAAGAACUCAUACAUGAAUCCAGAAAAGAAAUGCCGGGUUUGGUGAUCUACAGAAGAAGCCGUGCAGCCCCUGGCUAGACCUGCAACAUCUCAGAAAUGGGGAACCUGCUAGCCUGGAGAAGUGGGCCCUGGGGGUCACCAUAGUUACUUAGGGAUAAUUCACAAAGAUGAGGGCAUCCGAGUACAAAUGAAAUUAGGUUAUUGCGAAAAGGAUGUGGAGGGAGGAGAGGGCCUAAGUUCUGUCAAAUCAAUCACUUCUCGACUUCUCAAAAGGGGUAAUUAAUGUUUAAUUUCUAAAGAUAAUAUUACCAUUCAUUUCCAUUUCUCAUGUUACCUGUCAGUUUGAUGUUGUCCCGAGAAAGCAAUGUUAACCACUUGAAGAAGACAAAAAUUUCUAAUCAAAGGAAAAAAGGAGAUAUUGAAUAAUAUAGUUGGGUACCAAAGUGACAUGACAGUUUAAAAUACAUUGCCUACAUACUUGUUUUCACUUUCAUUUGCAACAUUUAUGCUCCCUCAAAACUCUUCCAAAGAAUUCUUAUACAUAUGAGGCCUUGGGGCUUAGGUAGUUGUAAAUCCACUUUGCCAUGCAUCAGUUAUUCAUUCUGCAAACAUAGCAUUUUUUAAGCACUCUGAGCAAAAUGGACAUCUCAAAUGAUUGUUAUCCUGAUCAGAUACUGAAGUUUCUGAAAGCCCCUGUAGAUUUCUAAACAAUUUCUCCCUCUCCCUCUCUCUCUCUCUCUCAUACACACACACACGCACAGACACAACUUGGUCUUUUUAAGAGAUUUGUAGUAAUGUAUAAAUAGCUUUUAUAUUUAAUUGUUAACUACAUUUAUGACGAAGUCAUUGUUAUUAUAGGUAAUCAUUGAAUAUUAAAGUUUCAGAAGUUUCAGUCCAAGAUAAACAGUUUUGAACAACCAACAGUUAUAAAGAACUGUAAAAUGAUGUACAGAUAAACAUUUGAGACUUUUUAAACUUAUAAAUCAUAUUGGUGAAAAGCUUUAAUGACAAAUGUUGGGGUAAAAAAUUGUCAUUGAACGGUUGUCUGGAGAUACGUAAACUUGUGGUUUACAAGCAAAAUUUUCAAAAUUAAAUCUAUCCUGGGGGUGACUGUGAUCAAAGUGUGAAACUGCAUCUAUGUAGCGCUACAUCUCCUACCUUUUCAGGUUUGUCAUCUGAUGGAAAUAUUUUGAUAAUAAACAGAAAUUUUGAACCUGUUA